GGGAUUUUUGCAACUCCCCCUCCUGCGGGGGAUUCUCCUACAGCCGGCCUGACAUCACUACUCCCUCACACACAACAGUCCCCCCCCCGUCCCCAUCACGCGCACACACCACGGCCGUUGUUGAGGGACUGCCCCCUCCUCUCUCCCUUUCCCCUCCCGCCAUGUUAGGAGGAGAAGGGGAGGUCGGCGUAAUACGGAGCCGCCCCCGCCUGUCGGGUAACAGCAGCAGCAGCAGCACCUCCUCCUCCUCGUCCAUGGGCCAGGCGGGCACUGACUGGAAAUGCUGGAAGCAAUGAGCGAAGCCAGAGGAGCCCCGGAGGCUGCCGCUGACUAGGCGAAGGGCGGGCGAGCGAGGAAGCGCGGCGGCUGGCGGCUUCUCCUCAUCUUCUGUCCUUCCCGUCCCCUCAGCGAGAGGGGAGGGGAAGAGCAUGAACGGCUGCCCCGUCCCUGCCCGCCGCGGCGCCGCCUGGGCGAGAGCAAGGAGGAGAGAAGGAGGAGCGCGGCGACCGCCACCAGGACGGCGACGACGACGACGACAGCCGCCACAGAGCCAUGGUGCCCUUCGCGCCGCCGGAGGGCGCGGAGGAGCUGCAGCCUGAGCCCGAAGCGGAGCCCUCCUCCUGCCCGCCGCCGCCUCCUCCUUUCGCCGCUGCCGCCGGCCUCAUGGAGAUCUCCGGAGGAGGAGGAGGAGGAAGCAGCGGCGGCGGCAGCAGCAGCAGCACGGGCGGCGAGCUGAAUGGUAUUAAAGCUGUGGAUGAACCUAUGGAGGAGGGAGAACCAUAUCCCUAUAAUGAUGAAGGAAGCGUGAAAGAGAUACCUAUUACCCACCACGUGAAAGAAGGAUGUGAAAAAGCAGAUCCUGCACAAUUUGAAUUACUUAAAGUCCUUGGUCAAGGAUCAUUUGGAAAGGUUUUCCUCGUGAGGAAAAUUAUUGGUCCUGAUGCCGGACAGUUGUACGCAAUGAAAGUUCUGAAGAAAGCUUCUUUGAAAGUUCGAGAUAGAGUUCGUACAAAGAUGGAGAGAGAUAUAUUAGUAGAAGUAAAUCAUCCAUUUAUUGUCAAACUGCACUAUGCCUUUCAGACUGAAGGGAAGCUAUAUUUAAUACUGGAUUUUCUCAGGGGAGGAGAUGUGUUCACAAGAUUAUCCAAAGAGGUUAUGUUUACAGAGGAAGAUGUGAAAUUCUACCUCGCAGAACUGGCCCUUGCUUUGGAUCAUCUGCACAGCUUGGGAAUUGUAUACAGGGACCUGAAGCCAGAAAACAUUUUGCUUGAUGAAGCAGGACAUAUCAAGUUAACAGACUUUGGCCUCAGCAAAGAAUCUGUGGAUCAAGAGAAGAAAGCCUAUUCUUUCUGUGGUACUGUAGAGUACAUGGCGCCUGAAGUUGUAAACAGGCGAGGACACAACCAGAGUGCGGAUUGGUGGUCAUUUGGUGUUCUUAUGUUUGAAAUGCUUACUGGUACACUACCAUUUCAAGGUAAAGACCGAAAUGAAACUAUGAAUAUGAUACUCAAAGCAAAACUUGGCAUGCCACAGUUCCUUAGUCCUGACGCUCAAAGUCUUCUGCGAAUGUUGUUUAAAAGGAAUCCUUCAAAUAGGUUAGGAGCUGGUCCUGAUGGGGUUGAAGAAAUCAAGAGACAUCCUUUCUUUUCAACCAUUGAUUGGAAUAAACUAUACAGGAGAGAGAUUCUGCCCCCAUUUAAACCUGCUUCUGGGAGACCAGAAGACACAUUUUGUUUUGAUCCAGAAUUCACAGCAAAAACACCAAAAGAUUCUCCAGGCGUUCCACCUAGUGCGAAUGCACAUCAGCUCUUCAAAGGUUUUAGCUUUGUCGCAACUACUGCCAUUGAAGACCACAAAAUCUCCCCUCUCAACAACAUAUUGCCAAUAGUACAGCAACUUCAUGGGAACAGUGCACUAUUCACAGAUGCUUAUGAACUUAAGGAGGACAUUGGUGUUGGCUCGUACUCGGUGUGUAAGCGUUGCAUCCACAUAGCUUCAAAUAUGGAGUUUGCUGUGAAGAUAAUUGACAAAAGUAAAAGAGAUCCCUCUGAAGAAAUUGAGAUUCUGAUGCGCUAUGGACAGCACCCUAAUAUUAUUACUUUAAAAGAUGUGUACGAUGAUGGUAAAUAUAUCUACCUGGUCACAGAAUUGAUGAAGGGAGGUGAGCUGCUGGAUCGUAUACUCAGACAAAAGUAUUUCUCAGAACGGGAAGCAAGUGCUGUAUUGUUUACUAUCACUAAAACAGUUGACUACCUUCAUUGUCAAGGAGUGGUGCAUCGAGACCUUAAACCCAGUAAUAUUUUAUAUAUGGAUGACUCUAAUAAUGCUGACUCCAUCAGGAUCUGUGAUUUUGGUUUUGCAAAACAACUUCGGGGGGAGAAUGGGCUUCUGUUAACCCCCUGCUACACUGCCAACUUUGUAGCACCAGAGGUUCUCAUGAGGCAAGGAUAUGAUGCUGCUUGUGAUAUCUGGAGCUUGGGUGUCCUCCUCUAUACAAUGUUGGCUGGGUAUACUCCUUUUGCCAAUGGUCCCAAUGAUACCCCUGAGGAAAUCCUGUUACGAAUAGGCAGUGGAAAAUUUUCUUUAAGCGGAGGCAACUGGGACACUGUUUCAGAUGCAGCAAAGGACUUGCUAUCUCAUAUGCUACAUGUAGAUCCACAUCAGCGAUAUACUGCAGAGCAAGUUCUUAAGCAUUCAUGGAUAGCCUGUAGGGACCAGUUGCCACAUUACCAGCUAAACAGGCAAGAUGCACCUCAUCUAGUAAAGGGUGCCAUGGCUGCCACAUAUUCUGCACUGAAUAACAAGACAUUUCAGCCUGUGUUGGAGCCUGUUGCAGCUUCAAGCUUAGCUCAGCGACGGAGCAUGAAAAAGCUAACAUCAACAGACUUAUAGUUCCAUUGGAGCACUUAAAUAAAGUGGAGCAAGGGGAAAAAUCCAAUCAGUGGCUCCAUAUCUGCUUGGCCUGUGAUUUAAAAGGCAUAUACAAGUUCCUCCUACAUUACUUGAAUUCUGUUGAAGAAAGAGAAAGUGUCCACAGGUUCAGUGGGAUUCAUUACGCAUUUUGCAGGAAGUGUCAGUGAUUCAUUGAAACGAAGCAUCAGGGUACAGCAUAAUGAUCAUGAGGAGUUUCCUGUGCACGGUCCUUUUCAAAGAUCUGUUGCGUUAUGUUAAUACUUUUAAAUACUGUAUAGUUUUUGCCCAGUUUAUAAAUAAAUGGUUUAGGGGACCAUCAACACUGCUCAAGUUGUAAAUUUAAAAUUGAAAGAAAAAAGUCAGUGUUUAGUAUUUUUUUUAUCUGGCCCUAUUGUAAAAAAAAAAAUUAAACUUAUGUGCUCUAGUUUUGUAAAUUGGUCACUUUCCCAAUGGACUCCACUUACUUUUACUCAUUGGUACAGCAAGAUAAUGACAACUGAAAAGGAUGUGCCAAUGCAAAAUGCAUUUGUGCUAAAAUGAAAGCCCUAGAGCUGCCUGGUGUAUGGCAAUUGAAUAAAGUGUACAAAGAGAAUCAGCCAUGAACCUGCACUUCAGUUGUAGUGACAGCCAUCCCUAGAACUAUAGGAUUGUUUAGCCCUGGAGUGCCUUUGUGUAAGGCUGCUGUGGGGUGUUGGUGGUUAGGAUGAUAAUCUAUUAUAUUUUUAACAUAGGUAUGGCAUCUCCAUCUUUGGAGGUUUUCACGAAAAGGGUGAGUAGGCAUCUUGCGUGUGCUUUAGACAUAGAAUAAGACAUUUAGGUAUAGAAUAUCUAGGACUGUGACUCGAUCUAGACGAGCCCCCCAUCAAUAUUAUUGUUCUAUGAUAAGGGAUUAGGUGUGUUCCAUUGUCAAUAUACAGUUCCAUAAUAUUGGCUGUGCUCUUUCAUUUACCAUAGAAGGGCUGAUAAUUGUAUCUAUGCUGAGGGUUUGAAUACAAACCCUCUAGAGCAAGAACCUAUAGAAUUACAGGUAUUAUUACCCUUUGACAGACUAUUGAAGCUACCUUGGCAGUUCACUGUGUUCUGUUUUUGUGUUCCUCCCUUUCCUCCAUGAGAUGGUAACCAUUUUGGCAGAGGUAGCCGUUAAUUCACCACAAAUUGUAAGAUACUUUUUUUACCCUAUCACAUAUUUCACAACAUUUUUUAAUUUAUUCAUACUUCCUAGGAAAAGUUACUACACUAUUUUUUUCAGACUCUGAAGAUGAAUGCUAAUCUUGUCUUACCAACACACCUCUAAGUGCUAGACCAGAUCUAAGCUUUGAAAUGUGUUCUAAAUAUUUUCUGAUCCAUUCUGGAGAACUUGUCUCAGUGGGGGGAAAAGAGAAAAACCUGUUGCCAUUUCUAUGGUUCUAAUGGAAGGAUAUGGUCAGUCUAGGAAAAAAUUAGAGCAGCAGGUCAAGUUAGCUCAUACUGGAUUUAUUUAUUAUUUUAUUUCUUACAUUUAUGCCCCACUUUUCUUUCAUCAUAAAAACCAAGACAGCAUAUAUGUGGUUCCCAAGCAGUCUCCUGUCCAGGCCCUGAUGUGUCAUAGCCUGGAUUUGCAUACUACUGUAUGUAAUCAGGUGUGAAUUUUUUAAAAAGCACACUGCAGUGAGCCUUAGCCUAGACUUGCAUAAUGAUCCCACAAUAUUUUGUUGCAGAAUAUGCUGCUGAGACAUUGCAAGGUGAGAUCAGAUAGAGCCUGCCCCUAAUAAAAACCCUCAUGUUGAUAAUAUAUAAUCACAUGUUUAUUGCAAGCUCUUGGAAUAACCACUAAUGGUGCAGGCAGGAAAAAGAAAUGUCAGUACAUGUGACUAAAUAUGAAGAACUUAAUUGGUUUUAGAGUAUUAUUAAAUAUGCUGGGAGAUAUAUAUUAUUUUUGUUGAUGCUUCAGUUGGGAGUAACAAAGUAGCUAGAGCUGAAAGACCUAAAGUGAAUGCAUUUUCUAAAUUUAAUAAACCAUCCAAAAAUAUAUGAUAUCCUAGCUCCUGAGCAUAAAAUUAUGAGUAAUGAAGAUAAUAGAUUCCCCCUUUCAUUUAAUCAGUGAAUAUGUGAAUUACACUUUAUAGUUUUAAAUCCCAGAGCUUAGAACAGUAUAUGUGUGUGAUGUGUCCUCCCGCCCCCACAUAACUGCUUUAUAGCUGGCCAGACAAAUUAACCCAGUAUUGUCUGCUCUGACUGGCAGCAGCUGUCCAGGAUGUCCAGUAGGGGCCUUUUACAACAUCUGCUACCUGAUGUUCUUAACUGCAGUUGAAACAUAGCAACCAUCCAAGGUAGAUUAGGCUGAGAAAUAAUGACCGGUCCACAGUCUGUGGCGAAAUGGAGAUUUGAGCUCAAGCCAACCUUGUUCUUCUUUAGCUGCUAUGAAUGAACAUGAAAUUUGUUGAUAAUACCAAAUUAGCAAAGCCUGUGGGAGAUUGUAAGGUAACCCUAUAACACUGGAAGAACGGGGCAGCAGAAGGAAUUGCUAGGCCAGCACAAAAUGUUUCAAAUUUGUAAUUAUGCUUACAUAGCAUCGAACACAGAAUUGGCAGUGAAGAACAGGAAAAAAGAUCUUGAACAUUGCAUAUGGUGCCAUGAAAAUGAACGCUUAAGCUAACUGGUUCUUAUGGCUGAUUAUUUCAUUGUAGAGAGCCAGUGUAGUGUAGUGGUUAAGGUGUUGGACUAUGACCUGGGAGACCAGGGUUCAAAUCCUCACAUAGCUAUGAAGCUCACUGGGUGACCUUGGGCCAGUCACUGCCUCUCAGCCACAUGAAAACCCUACUCAUAGGGUCGCCAUAAGUCGGAAUCGGCUUGAAUGCACUACAACAUGCCAUGAGACAAAUGCUGGUGUUGGUUCCAGAGAAUAAGAGUACAAAAUUAGAAGUGUGUGUUUUUAACCAAUUCCUACUGGUGUUAUAAGCAUGUUGUAUGCAAAGAAAGUCAUAUUUCUGUUAGUGUUUUUGUUUUUUAAAGUAUGCUGCUAUUAAGAAGUACUACUUUUCAGUUAGUGAUCAUAAAUUGGUGGUGCAUCUUCCAAUUUGAGUGCUCUUAACACAAUUAUGAGAAUUAUAGUGGGUCAAGAGUGCCUUUCAUUCAAGGGAAAGCUAGAUAUUGAACGUUUGACUCUUAAACCUGCUCCCCCAUCUAAAAAAAAUAGAGCAGAUUUGAAAAAUAAUGUUUCAUCUGAUGAUAUUGACUGUGGUCCAUGCAAGUUGCCACAAUUCAUUUGUACUUAGGGCAUCACCAGACUUGUGUUUGUCUUUGGUACCUUUCUAGGAUGGGGAGAAUUCUCUCUAGAGAGGACAUUAAUAGAAGUUAGGAAUAUCAUUGUCAAUUAGGAUUGGUGGUUGGGUGAUCCAUCCAAAUUUGGUGUUGCCCUUCAUCCUCACUGGUCACAAGGUAGGAGAAGGGAUACCAGAGAAUGAAGCAUGUGAGUUACUGUGCAUUUCUUUACACAUCCAGGACAGGAUGCAGUGCUGAAUGGACCACUGCUCUGUUUGGAAUAAAGCUGUUCUGUUUUCUUUUUUUGUUCUUAUGCCUAAAGGGUGAAGUGCCUUAUUCAAACUCAACAGGCAGAUUUUAAAAAAUAUUUAGCAAUUUCCUUUGUGGUAGCCAUCAGCACAGGUAGAAGAUCCAUAAUGAGAGCCCUAUACUGAAUGGCCAUACCAUAAAUUCCUAUAUUCUCCAUUGUUUAAAGUGGAUUAAGAAUCCCACCUUUACCUUUCACAGUGCAUUUUACUACACUAAGGACUGGUUCACACUAGAUAGUGGCACUUAUACAAUACCUCAGCAGAUGCUCAUGUUUGAAUGAACUGCCACCUCCAUGUGGGAGGCUGAAAAUGUGAAUGUCAUGACAUCCAUAUUUGUGGCAUGCCCUUUCUGGAGCCACUGUUGUUGUGGAAAUUGCAACACAGCUCCUGUGUGGAGUAGUCAGUCCAUACAAACAGCAUCUCCUGACCAAAAGCUCAGAUGUGGCCCUAUGUACAUGAGCAUGGCACUCAUGAGGACCACUGGCUAGCGUGGACUGGUUCUUGCUGGAGAUAAAUAGUUAAUUUGUAUGAGUCAACUAAUCCCAGUUUGAUGAUCCUGAUUAUGUGCACUAAGAUUCCAUUGUGCCUGUGUGAUUAGAUUUUUUUUCCUCAGUAGAGUUUUGUAUCACCAGCUGUGUCCUGGAUGUUAUCUUAAAAGUGUUGCUUCUCUUCGAAAUACGUCUUCUUGAGUAUCUACAUAUGGAAUUAUGACCAAUAUUUAAUUGAAGCUCCCAGUGUGAGGGCUGGCACAUUCAAAGCACCACUGCUGAGUAAUUAACACACUUGGCUUGCAGCAUCAGAUUUGAUUACAUAGGUGGAACCUUGAAAUACUAUUGCACAUUGCUAGAAUGCAAAAAAAAAAAGAACUCCUAUGGGCUCCAUGUAUAUAUGCUGCUUUUAAUCAGUCACGUGAAGAAAUCCAUAGAUGUGUGACAAAAUUAUUUAUUAUGAUAUCACAGCCCAUACUUGAGAUCUGUGAGGCUCUCCUUGCCCAAAUACCUAUCAGGAAACAUUGUAUUGUUUAAAAGCAUUUGUCUUUCUCUCUCUCCCAAGCUGUAUCUUGCCCCCUGCCUUGCUAAACUGCAUGAAAAAAUGGCAGCUUCCACAUUUUAAUGGCAAAGCCCAGGAGGUUCUCCUUUUCAGCUCUGAUAACAGACUUCAAGAUUGGGUAGUGUGGAAGCAACCUCUAGCACAUGGCAUCUUUGGUCUAUUACAAAAAGUUUUAGCCUUCCUUUUUGGCAGGGAGGAAUCCCUGAAAAUGUAGCUAGCCCUACGAAUGAUGCAACAGAAACUGUUUGUUUGCAAGUAUGCAUAAUGCAGCAUAAAAACAGUUUAGGCACAGCUCUGCAUGAGGCCACCAAUAGUAUGUUUGGGUUGGCUGGCUGAUUUAUUUUUUAAUCUCCCAAAUGUAAGUGAUUUGAUAGGGUGGCACACAUACUCUCACUCAGAUGCAUCAUAUGAAAAGAAAUCACCUUGGACUGAGUGACUUUCAAGAUGGCUCCAAUAAACUUUUUUUUAAAAGCCCAGCUUUUAUAUUUUAGCACCUAUUGAAUGUGUCAUACUCAAAAUGGGCACUCUGUGUGCUUUUUGUUGUCCUUGUUUUUAAAAAGCAGGCAGUUAAAUGAAAAUACUUUGUAAAUAAGACCUUCUAAUUUUAGUGUUAGAUCCAGGGAUUACUUUUAUUAUAUGAUCAAUGGGAGAUAAAUAUUAAACCAAUUUUACCUGUAUUUAGAAUAGUCCUGUUGGUGGAAAGUGGUGGUUGUGCCUGUACAGAUUUAUAUUUAGUCUGCACUUGGCGGUAUGAUCCCAAACUGUGUUAGAUACUAAGGGAAGGAUCUUUGGACUACAAGCUGGCUGUGGUUAUGAUUCACUAGGAAAGUCUACUGUACACAUCCUUUGAAAUGCAAUGCAAUUGUGUGGAUGAAUUUGACUCCUUGCAGAGUUGUCUUUAUUUCAGUACAUCUUAAACAGGAAACGUUCUCAGUGGUUUUGGCUCCUCUCCUAUGACGAUUGAGGCAUAUUUGCUCCCACACUGCAGUAUUGAAAAUAAUGGACAUGCUAAACUUGGGUCCAUUAAUCUCAGUGGGUCUACUCUGAGUAAAACAUAGUUGGAUACAACCCUAUAUCUGAAAAGUAAAAUUGAAUUUACUUACACCCCCCCGAAAGGAUGGUUUUUAACUUGAAUGUAUGAGCUUGAAAUUCACCUAUUAGUUGCAGCUAUGCAGUGUCUCUACUUCCACCUUAAGUCUAUUGACACAAAUAGCUAGUUUUAUAAUUAUCCUCUAGCAAUACUGCAGUGUGGGAGCAAAUAUGCCUCAAUCGUCAUAGGAGAGGAGCCAAAAAUUGUGGUACAAAGAGAAAUGGAGGAGAGAAAGCGCAGCAAGCACAAGGCAAUUGAAGAUUACUUGGGUUAAUUUUAACCAUGGUUUCCCAUUGCGUCCAAAGUGAGGAAACUAUACAUGCCAAGAUUGGAACAUGGUUUGAGGUUGUCUUCAGAUCCUGCUUUGUUCUCAUACUUGUAACUAUAAUUUCCCCCCUUUUAGAUGUACUGGAAAACUAUGGUUAAUUAGCCCAAGUAGUGUUCAGUGUUAUGUCUGAACCAGACCAUUGACUAGUUUACAUUUUUAAAUCUGUUGUGGCAUUUGCCUGGCUCAGAAUCUCAAAGCCUUGGAAGAACAUUGCACAUUUGGGUUUCAUGCAAUGUUUAAAUACAUGUCUUUGGGGGUACAACGCUUUCUCAAAAGAUUUAAAAUAAUAAAAAACAGCCCUACCCACUCCAGCCCUCUUGUCAAUAUUAUAACCAUCAUUUCUCAAAACAUUGUGGAUUUGUAUCAUAUUGUAUUUAUUUCAUUCAGGUUUUCUUUUUUGAAAAAAAAAAGGUUUUCUUUUAAGGCUCUGUAUAUAUUGACAUUAAAGUUUGCAUUGUACUACAUUCUUCUUAAGGGUGUAUCCAGUAUUGUAUUACAUAGUAUGUUGCUCUUUGCAUCCAUGCUGCUAAAGAUAGUGUGUGUUUUCUCUCUCUGAAUCAUGACAUAUGCCAAAGACAACAUAGAAAUAUGUAUCUUUUUUCAUUUUUGUUGAAAAUUUGUGAGGAGCAUCUUUAAAUUAAAGGGUCCAUUGGUUACUAGAAUAAAAAAAAUGUAAAUGUAAAAUAACCGAGAAGGCUUGCCAAGUGACAAAAUUUUGAUUGUUUGAAGGGUUCCAAAGCAGAGUUGGCUUUUCUGAAAGAUGCCACGUUAGGUUUCCUAGAAUGUUCUUACAUGUUGAUUAAAGUGCCUACUACUGUUACUUCUUGAACUUAAACUCCUCUCAACUGUAAGAGACCACACUAAAAUUUUGCAUAUGCUGUGCCAUAUAAAAUAUAUGCACACAAGUUCAGAGGAAAGUGGAAGGAUAAAUGUUGUACCAGAGCCCAUGUUGCUGACAUUUAAAUCUUCUCCGCAGCUCUCUUACUGCGUUAUCACACAGGAAUAGCCCCCAUAAUCUGGAACCAUGUUGCCAAGCACCAGUGCUACCCAAAAGGCUUCUAUCCAAUGCUGUACAACAUAGUUUCCCCUUCCACUCCCUGUGCCCCCCCCCAAACUCUGCUCCAGGGGCUCUUUGGAGCAGAUUCUGAGGGUGUGCAGAGGGUACAGUGGAGAAGUGGGGGAUGUUCCAUUGUACAAGUGGAGUAAUGAUGUUGCACACAACCCGUAAUAUCUUUAAGUGUCCGAGGAGGUCAGAGGGUGGUAUCAAUGGCUCAGUUCCCUGCAUCUCUGCUUAGGCCUUUCCCAGCUUUGCUACCAUGGAAGUACACCUUGUACAGCCACUACCAAUCAGAGCAAGUAGGCUCUAUAAGGCAGCUUUAUAUGUGUGUAACAGCCCAGUCCCAGAGGCUGCCUCCUGAACCCAGCUGCUAUGUGCAGUUUCCCACAUCUGUAAGAACAUUUCCUGUAAUCUUUACAUGAUAUGUGUGUCCCUUUUUAAUGGUAGUAGUUCAGUCUCCCAUCUACUUUUCAUAGAGGAGAGAAUGUUGUGAUGUGAGGUACUGCAAACACCUUGUGAAAGGGAGUGGAAAUGUAACAAACAGUGAAGUUAAUUU